ACAGAGUUUCUGGUCAUGGCUGGCCUGUGUGCAAUUUUCAGAACAACAAUUUUGGGCUAUGCCAUAUGCAUUCCUUUGGGACGACAGUUUUAUUGCCAGUUUUUAGAAGAGACUAUACCUCGUGUUAGCUUCCGCCAUUUAGGAAAAAUAUGUGCAAAGAAACUAGGAUCCCACUGAAAGCAGGUUUUUAUUAAAACAGAGACUUUCCUCGAACUUUAGCUUUUAUUCAAGCCCGGCUUAUACAGGAUGCUGUAUAAAAAGAAAGCAAAAGAAAAAAAAAACGACGGAAAGAAAAAAAAGAAGAAGAAGAAAAAAAAAAGAAGAAAUCACAGCCCAUCAAAGUUUUGCAUGUGAUUUCAGAGUUGGACCAAAGGGCUUGGGGAAAACCCGUUUUAUACCGGGCUGAACUAUCGAAUAAGUCUAUUUAUAAGAAAGCCGUGGCCUUGUUGUGGUAUUCGUUGUAACUCUGCGCUGUGAUCAAUGACCCGUGAGGGGCGAACCUGUGCUGCGUUUUCCUCAUGAUACUAGCAUUCACCCAUUGUGUUUUGUACAAGGAAGCUAAAAAAAUGCGCCAUAUUACCAUACGGCGAUACUUUCGGUGAUGCUGAAAGUUUGACAUAUUGGAUCAUUCUUGCCACCAAGCCAGUUCAUUUGUGUGACUCUGCCUGUGCUUAAAGCGCAUCUGUUGGCAGGUAAGAAGCCAGGAGUUUCCAGCCUACGCCGUAGAGAGGUUUUGCCACCAGAAAUUUUCUUGGAAUUGGCUUAACAGACGUUGUACACACAAAACAUGGCAGAGGGAGGUAGUGAUGUUCAAGGACAAGUAAUAACAGAUCAAGACCUCGCAGAGCUUGCUGGCGAGCUUGGCGCUGAGUGGGAAAGACUGGGAAUUUUCCUUGGACUUAAUAACUCUGAGGUACAGAAAAUUAAGGCAGACCAUGACCACACCGACAACCGGAUUUACCAGAUGCUCCUGAAAUGGAAGCAACAGGCUCCUACGGGGACCAACCUGAUUGGAACUUUGUGCGAAGCAUUGCAAAAAGUUCGCCGGUACGACCUUGCCGAAAGUCUAAGUUAUCGGCCUCCUAAGAAACGAGAGGACGGAAUAUUUUGUCCAGACCAUGAGAAACAUUUGAUGAAUUUCUAUUGCCAAAAAUGCAAAGCACUCCUGUGCCCAGAGUGCAGAACAGCAGAGCAUCGUGGGCACGUGGUGCACAACAACGCUGAAGUCUCAAGCAGAUGCAGGACUACAAUGAGACAGGAGAUUCAGCGUUGCAGUUCUGGAGGAAGGGAUAUGGAGGAAGCCGUAGAGGUUGUGGAUGAUGCAGAGCAAAGCUUCCGGAAAGAACUUGAGAACAUAAUAAAACAGGUGGGAGAAGAGCAAACGCGAACGAUAAAUGAAAUUAAAAAACAGUGGAAAGCACGAAGUGGUUGUUCACGUUUAAAGAAAGAACUGGCGGACUUAAAGGAAAGGCUAUCGAGCGUAAUGGAACAUGCCAAAAUGGUCCUUGAAAACAAAUCAGACGGCAAAUUUCUUCUGGACUAUCCUGCUGCCAUGUCAUCGAUGGAGGAACUUCCUACUGCUACCAAGGUGAAGAUAGACGGCCUGUCCUCACGCCCAAAGUUCUUGCCGGGGAAGUCUUCAGGUGAUCUUGGCAAAGUUGUGAUGGUAGACGUAUGGGAGCUAUGUUGCACUAUUGGCAAAAAAGGCAGCGGUCAUAGAGAGUUUGAAGGUGCACGAGGCAUCGCCGCAGCUGAACCGGACGUGAUUGCAGUCACUGACAGGAAGAACCGACGAGUUGUCGUCUUCGACAGCCAGGGUAACCGCUGGCAGAGCAUCUCUCUAAUAGCAAAUGACGUCACAGCUACACGAAACUAUCUGAUAGUGUUAGAUCCUCUGGCCGUCAAAGUGUACAGAAGAGACGAUGCACAGUUGAUCCACGAGUUCCCUACAGUGCACCCGAAUGAGGUUGGUAACACACGGGUGAACCUUUUCGGGGUAGCAGUCAAGAAAACUGGAAACAUCAUUGUGGGUGACUGUGAGAGGAAGGUGUUGACUGAACUAACCCAAGACGGUGAACUCUUACACACCAUACCCGUUGCGAUAAAACCUUACUUCUUGGCGACAGCUGCCAACGAUUGGAUUGCAAUUAGUGACAAAGACAGGAAGAAAAUACACAUAGUAGAUGUAUCCGAUGGUAACGUCGCUAAGAAAAUUGUUACCAUCAAACCAACGAUUGAUGGUGAGCAAGCAAGCUGCAGGGGAGUGUGCAGUGACAGUUCGGAUAUUUACUUGGCAGCAAGUACCGAAUUCUACGACAGUGGUCACAUUCAUCGCUAUGACAUGAGAGGUCAGUUCAUCAGCUGUGUGGCUCAGAAUCUGUACAACCCUUACGGCAUUACAUUCUUGGCGGAUGGGAAGCAACUAGCAGUGGCAGACUUCCACUCUGUCAAGAUAUAUCGGAAGGUGUGAUAUCAUUUGGCAGGAUGUGUGAUAAAGGAAUUCAUAAAUUUACAUUAGUGCGCGAAGCGAUAUAUCAUAGCAGCAUGGACGGUUAGUGCUUGUACACCUGUAUGACACAGACCCAUUGCGGAAUAAAAGGCCUAUACAAUGCAUUUUUCAUACCUUUGUAAAUGCAGCUUUUGUGUGUCUUUUUGCUUUUAUGCUAACGAUUUUCCAUGUGUACACGAAAACCUAUGAAGUCAUCCUUGGAAGAACGUUCAUUACACUUUGAUAUUUUACUGGCCCAAAAUUCCCUGUCAGUUAUUUUUUUCUUUGCUAAUUUAUCAAUGCACGGCAAGAACAUAACGAGGAGCCGUUUCCCAAAGAAUACUUUCAGUGCGCAAAUUUUGCUUCACAGUUUUGAUAAGAAAACCUAUCGAAGUAUUUCUGAGAUUUGCAUCAUAGCAACAGCGUUCUGGUAGGGACAAGUUCACGUACUUCAAAUGUGUUCUUUUAACCAUGCCACCUUAAAAGAGAUGAUCAAAUAGUUUUUAGACAAAUGAAAAACUGAAGGGAAAAAAUGCGUGGAAACACAGUUAAAUCAUUGUUACCCCAACUACCCUAGUAUAAGUGACAGGGAGGCAGGAGACGGAAGGAAUUUGACUUUCGCUCUUUCUUGCAAUUACAGUGCACACGGACGGGCUUAUUCCCUUUAUCGAGAUUUUCAAGUACAACGGUUAUGGACCUGUGCCCAUUUAUGAACUUAUCGAUGUCAGUCAAUUCUGUGAGCACGUCCCAUGGCGCAAGUGAUGUGUAAACUGUUGUUAUUAAUGGGAAAAUUGUGAAAUUCAACUCAUCAUACGUGAGAGUGUCUGCCGUAAACGAAUAAAUUGCUAGUCCUUGGUAUUGGCUCUGCUUUUGCUCGAAGAAAGUAAGAUCGAGAAUUUUUGCAAUGGUAUGGUGCGUGCUCCACAAUAUUAUACGACUGCAAACAUUCACCUAUGUUUAUCCCCCGAGCCUGUUGAGAUGACUAACAUUGUUUUGUCUGACCAAUGUGUUGCUGAGUUGAUAUAUUGUAUUAAAAAAUAAUUCAAAGAGGUACGUACUUGAAAAGAAAUUUUUGGAGAGAAGUUGGUGUUCUAAUGUUAUGUAAUCAUAAUUUGGUGUUGGGAAUACGGAAACUUUUG